AGUCCUUCAUUACAAAUCCAAUAAUUUUAACCUCUUACCUGAAUACCUUUCAAAUCUGAGAAGUCUGACUGCCAUAAUGAAAUAUUUGGUGCUGGCUGUGCUGCUAUGUGGUCUACUGUCAUUGUCCAACACUCAGUGCUAUUUUAAGAGCGUGAAACCAGGUAUGACCCAUUGUCAAGAUGAUGUGGAUAACACAUGGCACGCAAUAGGAUCUACAUGGAGAAAUAGUAACUGUAUGAACUGUAGUUGCAGUGGCUGUUGUGCUGUAUAUCACACCCCACGUCAGUUCCCUGACGACUGUGUAUCAGUGUUUGACUCACAGGCAUGUCAAUACAUAGUGCACAAAAAGGAUGACCCAGCAGUACAAUGUCCAAUUUAUGCUGCAGUAGGGAAGUAAUGCAGUCAUUGUUUCGAGUGGUUUGGUCUGAGGGUCUGAACAACCCCUCACUGAAAAUAAAAUACUGCUACAAAUAAAAUUUCAAAUAAAGAAAUAAAGAAAUCAUACAUUU